CGUUAUUCUUUCACCUUUCUCUUUCAACUUCUUCAUCAUCUUCUCUUAGUCAACUCAAAACCUUAAUUCAAUUUCCCCUUUCCCUUCAACACCAAUCUUUACUCUCUUUUUUUCUUCUUCUCAAACAAACACAAUUUUUUGACUACUCACCAAUUUAUAUAUUUAAUCACUUUUUUCAAACACUCCUCACAAGUUAUACUUAGAAAGUAUUGAUUUUUGUUCCUUUUUUUUGUUCAUAAACAAACUUAGAAUUUUCAUUAUUUUUUGUGUGUGAAAAGUGAAAACCACCCACUUUUCUUUUCAAUCCCAAAUAUCAGAUCUUUCCCUUUUGGUUUCAAUUUCUAUCUCUAUUCAUAAAUUCAAAUAUUUCAUGAGAUUCUGAUUUUUUUCAUAUAUAUCUCAACCAACCCACAAAUUUCUUUUCACAAAGUUCCAAAUCUUUCUCUAGCGCCGCCUCAAAAAAUCUCAUCUUUUUCACUUUUCACCAUCUGGGUUUGUUUCAAUUUUCCAAUUUCUCAAGAAACAAAGCUUGAAUUGUUGAACAAAAGAGAGGGGUUACAAAGAGGGAAAUGUGGUAUGUUUUCUUGGUUAGCAAGGCUUGUUUCAGCGUGCUUGAGACCAGUGAGACGGUAUGCGCGUAUGAACAAAGGUGAUGAUGAAGAUUCUGAUGGGGCUUCAACCUCUGGUGAUGCCCUUGUUUGGUGUAAGGACCUUGAGAAACACUCCUGUGGUGAAUUCUCGUUUGCUGUUGUUCAGGCUAAUGAAGUUAUAGAAGAUCAUAGUCAGGUUGAAACUGGUUCUGAUGGUGUUUUUGUUGGUGUUUAUGAUGGACAUGGUGGGGUUGAAGCUUCUCGGUUUGUUAAUGAUCAUCUCUUUCAUCAUUUCAUCCGGAUUGCUCAGGAAAACGGUUCCAUCUCCGAAGAUAUCAUAAGGAACGCUGUUUCUGCUACGGAGGAAGGAUUUCUAACUCUUGUUCGCAGGAGUUUUGGAAUAAAGCCACUGAUAGCAGCAAUGGGUUCAUGUUGUCUUGUCGGUGUUAUCUGGAAAGGGACAUUAUAUAUCGCUAAUCUUGGAGACUCUCGUGCCGUGAUCGGUUCAACGGGUGGAGAUUCUAAGAAGAUUGUUGCUGAACAGUUGACCAAAGAGCAUAAUGCCUCCAGAGAGGAAAUCAGAAGAGAACUCAGGAAUUUGCAUCCAGAAGAUUCACAGAUUGUUAUGAUGAAGCAUGGAACAUGGCGCGUUAAAGGCAUCAUCCAGGUAUCAAGAUCUAUAGGUGAUGCAUAUUUGAAGCGGCCGGAGUUCUCCUUCGACCCUUCAUUCCCUCGGUUCCACUUGCCUGAUCCUAUCCGCCGAGCGGUUCUUUCAGCAGAGCCAUCUAUAUGUUCAAGAGCUUUGCAACCUAACGAUAAAUUUGUUAUAUUUGCAUCUGAUGGCCUUUGGGAGCACAUGACAAAUCAGGAAGCUGCUGAGAUUGUUCAUAAAGGCCCUAGAAAUGGGAGUGCAAGAAGACUUCUUCAGGCUGCGUUGACUGAGGCGGCGAGGAAAAGGGAAAUGAGAUAUAAAGAUAUGCAGAAAGUUGAAAAAGGGAUUCGUCGUUUUUUCCACGACGAUAUCACGGUGGUUGUUAUCUUCAUCGACCACGAGUUGCAAAAGAAGAAUGUUAAUGUUCCUGAUAAGUCCGUGAAAGGGUUUAUCGACACAGUUGGAACAUCGAGAUUUAGUAGUUUCCAAGAAAUGCAAUGAAUCAGUUUCAAGGUUCAUUUCUAGAAGGAAGCUUAGAAAAUUCAAUACUUUUUUUAGACAUUUUUGCAGCAUUUAAUUGUUGUUUCUUUUUAGUAUUUUCUUCUUAUGUUUUUGAGGUUUUUCAUUGCUUUACUCUAUGACUUUACCUUGUUUAUUGGAAAUACUUUUGCUAGUCAUAAAUGAAGGGAAAUCUUGAUUUUCUCUA